UGUACAUGAAGCUGCCGAGUCAAGGGACGGUGUGAAGACAUCCACUGGUCAAACAGUUGCACAAGAAGCUGCCGAGUCAAGGGUCGAUGUGAAGACAUCCACUGGUCAAACAGUUGUACAUGAAGCUGCCGAGUCAAGGGACGAUGUGAAGACAUCCACUGGUCAAACAGUUGUACAUGAAGCUGCCGAGUCAAGGGACGAUGCUGCGGAGAAAUUAAGAUAUCUGCUCCGUGUGAGAAAUAUUCCACUUUCCUGUGACAAUGAAGGCAGAUCUGCCUUGUUUAAUGCUGUUCACACAGAUGACAUGGAAGUUGUAGAAUAUCUUGUUGCUAAUGGCCUUAGCUUGGAAGUAAGUGACAAAUCAGGAAUGAACCUUUUGCAUGAAGCAUGCCUCCAUGGGAGCAUGGCCAGUUUUCAGUAUUUGUUAACCUCGAAACUGCUGGAUGUUAACGCAAAAGCCAUGAUCGCAGGAAAUCAUCACGGAAAUACUCCACUACUUUUUGCGAUCAGUAACAGUGCCCUGACAAACAGUGUGAUGGCGACAGCUCUUAUAGAACAGGGGGCCGAUGUUCAUGUAAGAAACAGCCUGGGCAGAACGCCUUUACAUGAAGCAGUACAGAUAGCGACAACAACAAAAUUAAGUCCAAAACAAAAGAAACAGAUGAUGCUUGACCGGUCGAUUAAUCAAUGGAUUUCACAACAAAAACAAGAUGUAUUUAAACUGGUCCAGCUCAUCUUAGACAAAGGCGUCGAUAUAAACAGUGCUGACAAUGCAGGUGACACAGCACUGCAUCUCAGUCUGUGGCCCCCAACGAGUACACAGAUCACUCGGUUGUUGUUAGAAAAGGAUGCAUGCGUGCACGUUAAAGGACGUCGUGGUGAGACGCCACUUCACCGCGCAGUUCGGCUAAGAUGUCUACAAAGUAUUAUCGAGCUGAUGCUGAAGAAAGGGUCGGAUCCUAAUGCACGAGAUGACCAAGGCAGAACAUCUCUUCAUUUGAUAGUGGUAUAUUCCUACACUCAGAUUGUGCAAGUCUUGGUUAAGCAUGGGGCAGAUCUACAAGUCCAAGACGAAGACGGAAACACAGUGCUACAUCAUGCUGCUCUCAACCCACGGGGUACACGAAGACUGAUGGAGAUACUAGUGGACGCAGGCGUGAACCCACACAUUCUGAAUAAGGAAGGGAAAUCUGCUUUUGAACUACGGAAAGUAAAUAUUUAGAUGGCCCUUCUCGACGGGCAGACAUUGAUAAUGUGUCAUUUAUAAAUAGGCGAUUUAUAAGUGUGACUGCGUAAAGUAACUCUGUCAACGAACCUGGCCUUCAGUAUUGGUUCAUCAUUACUGCAGAGCUGACAGCUACCUGCACUAGGCAUGUUUGCAAACCCUACAGGACUCGUCACCUCGUGCCUUUUUCCAGUCGUCUGUGGCCAUAUAGUGCUGUAGACAGUGACACCCAUUAGGAGAACAUGUUAGCUCAACUCAUCUCAUAUAUUUUCUCGGAAUAGACACCCACGGUUGUAAAGGAGAUACAACUAUAUACAAUGUGAAAUGUGCACAAAUGACAUGAUAAAUGAAAACAGGAUGCAUAGUUACUCAUACGUUUUACUGUAGUACUGAUGGUUUCAAAUGAGAAUGGUUAAUUAAACAAUACCUCAAAUC